AUGCAGUUUGAGGUCAAUAGUGCCCAUGAGGCUCGGCGGGUAGUGGAUCUUCAACGACAAACGUGUGGCUGUGGGAGGUGGCAACUUAAUGGGAUUCCUUGUCCACAUGCAGUUUGUGCGAUAUACCUCAAUAAAGGAAAACCUGAGACUUAUGUCAGCCAUUGGUACAUGAUGGAUACAUACAUAAAGUCCUAUGCCUCCGGGGUUAAUUCUAUGCCUGUCCCGGAUAAAUGGCCUGUUGACGAGGGUGCAGAACCUAUAGAACCACCGCAACCAAGGAAACAGCGCUGGAGGCCCAAAAAACAGAGGCAAAGAAAUGAUGAUGAGCAACCGGACGAGAACAUUAAAGUGAGUCACAAGGGCUACAAUGUGCAGUGUGAAAAUUGUGGUGAAAAGGGGCACAAUGCUAGGAGUAAGUUAGGACAUGUAUGA